CGUGGCUGCGGCCGCCGUGUCUGUGUGCAAGGCCUCCUGGUCUGUUUACCUCUUGUGUGUCUCGGUACUGAGAGGCAGCGGCCAGCGGGAUGGAGAAGACGAGGAUGAACCUCCCCAAGGGACCGGACACAUUGUGCUUCGACAAGGAUGAGUUUACGAAGGAAGAUUUCGAUGUUGAUCAUUUUGUGUCUGAAUGUAGGAAACGCGUCCAGCUAGAAGAACUUAGAGAUGAUCUUGAACUCUACUAUAAACUUCUAAAGACUGCCAUGGUUGAACUCAUCAACAAGGACUAUGCAGAUUUUGUCAACCUUUCCACAAACUUGGUUGGCAUGGACAAAGCCCUCAACCAACUUUCUGUGCCUUUGGGACAAUUACGAGAAGAAGUUCUGAAUCUUAGAUCAUCUGUGAGUGAAGGAAUUCGGGCAGUAGACGAACGGCUGUCCAAACAAGAGGACAUUAGGGGCAAAAAGAUGUGUGUAUUAAGGCUUAUACAAGUAAUUCGAUCAGUUGAGAAAAUUGAAAAAAUAUUAAGUGCUCAAAGUUCAAAAGAAACAUCUGCACUGGAAGUAAACAGCCCACUUUUGACUGGACAAAUUUUGGAGCGAAUUGCCACCGAGUUUAAUCAGUUACAGUUUCAUGCUGUUCAAAGCAAAGGCAUGCCUCUUUUGGACAAAGUAAGACCACGUAUAGCUGGCAUUACAGCCAUGUUACAACAGUCCCUGGAAGGUCUCCUAUUAGAAGGCCUGCAGACUUCCAAUGUUGAUAUAGUACGGCACUGCUUGCGAACUUACGCAACAAUUGACAAGACACGUGAUGCAGAGGCAUUAGUUGGUCAAGUACUAGUGAAGCCACAUAUAGAUGAGGUAAUUAUAGAAGAGUUUGUUCAGUCCCAUCCCAAUGGCCUUCAGAUCAUGUAUUAUAAACUUUUGGAUUUUAUUCCUCACCAUUGCUGUCUUCUCCGAGAAGUCACAGAGGGAGCCAUCUCAAGUGAAAAUGGCAAUACCGUUCCUGGAUAUGACUUUCUAGUGAAUUCUGUCUGGCCAGAAAUAGUAAAAGGAUUAGAAGAAAAAUUGCCCUCACUUUUUAAUCCUGGGGAUCCUGAUGCAUUUCAUGAGUUUGUCAAAACAUUAACACUCAUAUCCUUGCUUUAUCUCAGAUUUAGAGAAAUAGCAGGAACCUUAGAAGCAGCACUGACAGACGUACUAGAAGACGCUCCAGCUGGAAGUUCGUAUUGCCUGUUGGCUUCUGACAGAACAUGGAACAGCCUUAGAAAAUGUUGGUCAGAUGAGAUGUUUUUACCCUUGCUAGUGCACCGUCUGUGGAAGCUCACACUUCAGAUCUUAGCCCGGUACUCCAUCUUUGUCAAGGAGCUUUUACUCAGGCCCAUCUCUAAUACGAGUACCAGAGAUACUAAAAAAUCUUUGGUUAUUGGUAGCAAAGACCCUUCCAUCGCUACCCAGGGAACUAAUGACGAUCAAGGAAGUGGUCCUUCUGAAACAAAGCCUAUGGUUUCCAUUUCCAGUACUCAGCUGGUGUAUGUGGUCGCAGACCUAAACAAGCUUCAGGAGCAGCUUCCAGAACUUUUGGAAACAAUCAAACCAAAGCUUGAAAUGGUUGGCUUUAAAAAUUUUUCUUCUAUCUCAGCAGCCCUGGAGGACUCCCAGCUUUCUUUGUCAGCCUGUCUGCCUGCCUUAGGUAACAAGAUUAUCCAAGAGCUCAGUGAUUCUUGUUUUAGUUACCUGAAAAGUGCUCUAGAAGUUCCAAGGCUUUAUCGAAGAACCAAUAAGGAAGUACCAACUAAAGCUUCCUCCUAUGUGGACAGUGCUUUGAAACCAUUUUAUCACCUUCAGAGCGAACACAAGAAUAAGCUUGCGCAAGCAAUAAUUCAACAGUGGUUAGAAGGAGCACUUUCUGAGAGCACUCAUAAAUACUAUGGAACUGUGUCCGAUGUACUGAGCUCUGUGAAGAAAAUGGAGGAGAGCCUGAAAAGACUGAAACAAGCUCGGAAAACCACCCCUGCCAACUCUGCAGGCUCCAGUGGUGGUAUGACCGAUGACGACAAGAUCAGACUGCAGCUGGCCCUAGACAUCGAGUACUUAGGAGAGCAGAUACAAAAGAUGGGCCUGCAAACGAGCAGCAUAAGAAGUUUUCCAGCUCUCGUAGAGCUGGUUGUUGCAGCUAAGGACCAGGCAACAGCAGACCAGCCUUAAGCGUCUUGGAAGAACUUGGAAGAAAGUGACUGUUCUCUUACCAAGUCUGUGUAGCAAAGACGUGCUUCCACUGUAUUUCCAGCAACAUGGCAAUGCAUCUUCUGGGUCUUCUUUCACCCAAAAAGAAGAGCACUAUCCUUUUUCCAUUGUAUGGAAGAUAGUUUUUAAAACAUUGGGGACUUUCUACUGUAGUAUUCAAAGGAAAUUAUUUUAUUUUUACUGUAAAUCUGAGUGUGGAAGAGCCCAUUUCUAAAGUAUGGUUAAAGUAAAUAUGAAUGUAAAAAAAUUGUCUCCCAACCUUGCAGGUUGAAGAAAUUACUGCAGUGGAGUUAUCAUAGCUUACUGUAUGGAAGCAUCCUUCUCUGAAAUGACAUUAACUGUCAUAAAGUAUUGACUUUCUGAAAGAGGUUAUGAAGUGGGAAUCCCUGCCAACACUGUGUUUAAGAACAGUGCUUCUGAUGAGACUCAUUCCCCAUACCUCUCGAGCUACAGCAUUAGGAAAAAGUAUAUUUCGUGAAUAAAAGAAGUGUCUACCAAGAGUUGUGUGCACCUUAUGUUUGCAAAUCCAGCACAAGUUAAAUACUACUCAUUACUUGUCCCGUAUAACAACAGAUUUUUUUUUUUACAGUAAAAUGCCUCUUUUUAGUAACUUGUGAAGGAAUUUGUCCAUUCUAGCCCCAUGGUGGGAUUCCUAAUUAGAAAAGUUAGAAACACUACAGAGGUACUAAAAGGUUCUGUUUGGCUUGUUUCAGUUUGAUGAUUCGAUUAAGGCAUUUUUAUUCUAGUUCUACCUCUACAUUUCUUUGCAUCUCAGCCUCUUAUUCUUUGUUCAAGCUUAGCUAUACAGAGACAAAGGAAGAAAAGUCAGCAGUAGGGCAUUAGAAUGUAGAUUCAGUAGAAUUUAUCAAUUAAUUUAUAGAAUCACAAGUUACCAGCUCAAAUUGCCUUCUUUUCUCAUACCUUCAGAGCACAUCCCCAAUAUCAUCUGUCAGCUCUGACAAUGGGCAGGCCCCAUACAAUCUAAAUAAAGUAUCCAAUAAAACUA